AAAAAUCAUAACUCAUUAACAAAGAGAGAGGGAAGGAAUGAUGGAGGGGGAUAACCAAGUAAAUGUACAUGGAAUGUGGGCAAGUACAUACUCAAAGAGGGUAGAGUUAGCUCUCAAACUAAAAGGCAUACAUUAUGAGUAUGUAGAGGAAGAUCUUGGAAACAAGAGUGAAGCACUACUUAAGUACAACUCUGCUCACAAAAAGGUGCCUGUUCUUGUUCAUAAUGGCAAGCCUCUUGCUGAAUCUCUCGUCAUACUUGAGUAUAUCGAUGAAGCCUGGCCAAAUCAUUUCCCACGGCUUCUGCCCGAGGAACCGUAUCAACGAGCUAUGGUUAGGUUUUGGGCCAGUUUCCUUCAUAAUCAGCUGGCACAAAGUUUGUUAAAGCUGUUCCAAUGCAAUGGAGAGGCACAGGACAAGGCUCUCGAUGAAUUGCAUGAGAAGAUGACUUUAAUGGAGCAUAGAAUGACCGAUUUCAUCCCAAAAGAUGUUUCUUGCAUCGACAAAGCGAGUUUAGGACUCCUUGACAUCCAGUUGAUCUCGUUAUUUGGAGCUUACAAAGCUCGAGAAGAAGUUAUUGGGAAAAAGAUUUUGGACCCAGAAAAACAUCCCCUAAUAUUUUCAUGGGUGACUUCCCUCAUGAACCUGCCUGUGGUCCAGGAAAGCAUCCCUGACCAUAAGAAACUAGUUGCCCUUAUCCAGAUGUUUAUCAAGGCUAGUUAAUGAAUUGACUUGAUUAUUAAUAUUACAUAUAUUGCAUGUAAUCAAGUGAUUAAUAAUCAUAUUCCUUUGUUUCA